AUGGAAGUACCGCCAGAGGACCGGAAUCUGGAGACGCAGCCGCUCAUCGAUGAGGGGUACGAACUAGAUUUUGGCGAAAAGAACCGAAAAAGCUAUGCGAAAAUUGCAGAAUCGGAUUGUAUUCGGAGGAUUUGGAGCGUGGCGAGCCGGAGGCCGAGUACAUCACCGAGUACGGCGACGGAACCGAAUCGGCGCAGAGGGCUCAGAGACCCAAUGGUCAGCCGGAGGCAUUUUUGACAUCGCACGGUCUCCAGAGCUUACAAUGUGGGCGUGGCCUCUGCCACAAUUAUUUUUCCUGAUUUUUGUGGUUGAAAGCGAUGAAAAGUGAUAACUUGCGAAAUUUCUGUCAUUUGGUUCCUAAUUUUCGCAUCCUUGACCGUUUGCCGACAAAAUUGGUUUCGAAAAUGAUAAAUCACGUGCAAACAACAAAAAGCAUUAAAAAACUAUUGAGAUUCAUGCAAUUUUACCCAAAAACCUCAUACGGAUAAAUCUCGAUUGCGAAUUGGCCAAAUUUGAUGCUCUCGCGCUUAAGAUAUUAGUUUUACUCGAAAUUUGAGGUUAGCAUGUUAACAUCUCGCCAAAAUGUCGUUUGUAAGCUCUGAAGACAGUGGUUGAGAAAUGAAAGAAAUUGAUUGAAUUGGUAUUUGCAGGAGCGACAGUGCUGUGCCGAGUGUGCGAAGUGAGCGUCUCUCUGGAGGGACGCAACCAGCAGCACGUGGUAAAGUGCCACAGUUGCGACGAGGCGACUCCGAUCCGACCGGCGCCGCCCGGCAAGAAGUACGUGCGGUGUCCGUGCAACUGUCUGCUCAUCUGCAAGGCCUCGUCGACGCGGAUCGCGUGCCCGCGCAACAACUGUCGCCGCGUCAUCACGUUGGGUAAGCGCGUGGAAGGCCACGAGUCGUGUUGCUCUUCCUCCCCGCCCUCCUCCACUUCUAGACGAACUUCCACCGCCGCGGGUAGGUACUGUACUGUGCUCAAUUCUAGCCGCUUGCUUCUUUAAGUCGGAAAAUUUGCGCCGAAAUUUGGCGGUUCAAUGUUGUUUUUGUGCUGCACGUGUCGGGCUGGAGAGCACAGUUGCAACAGAGCGCAUUCACUUUAAAAAGCCCUGAUAGAACUAAAAAUCAGUCUAAAAACCGUAGAAAAAACGAAGGAAGUUCUACAGCUAAACUUUGUGCGUUUCAGUAAACAUUGUGCUUCCCCAGCCUUCCCUAAAACCCCGUCCCUCCGUUUUACCCCAUUCUUCUCCCAAAAACGUCCACCAGUUCCCAUGGUAACUUGCAGCGGGCCAACGAGAUCCGGGGACGGCGAUCCGUGCUCCGACGGGAAGCUGCCGCGUCAAGUGCUAUCACUGCAACGAGAUAUUCCUGUUCAACACACUGACGAACGCACUGGCCAACUGUCCGCACUGCAAGAAAUACUCGACCGUCGGCAACUUUGCCCGUCGUCGCGCCCUCCUCUUCUUCGUUUUGGCGGCCACCGUCGCCGUGCUCGCCGUCAUUCUUACCAUGCUCACCAACGCCUCGGUACGUCUUUUUUUGGAAUAUGAACUGCUGAAGAUUCGCCCCCAAUUCUGUGGUCAGUUUUUUCAGAGUUUCAACAAGUUGUACAUGUACCCGAUUCUGGCGGCACUCUACGGUUGCGCCCUCUACACUGCAUACAAAUCAUUCAACUAUUACACGUGUCGAAAAAGCGAGAUUAUCGGGCCAGUGUGAGUUUUUUCUUCAAUUUUUAUAUCAAGGCCGGCCUGGACUUUUGUCCCAGUUUCAAUAAUACGAUCGGAUCCAAACUUUACAGGAUUAUUGGACUUGGAUUGAAGUAUAUUGGUUCCAAGUUUCAGAUCGAUCCGAUUAUCGGGUCCCGAGUUAUACUGGUUUGAGGCCGGGCUUGCGAAAAUUGCGGCCCUUUCGGCCUCUGAUCCACAUAUCUCGAGACCAGAUGAUCGGAUCGGUCUGAAACUUGAACCCGAUAUACUUCAAUCCAAGUCCAAAAAGUCUGCGAAGUUUGGGUCCCAAUCGGAUAAUUGCAAAAGUCCAGGCCUGGGCCGGUAUUUAGCCCUUUUGACAGAAAUGUCAGACUUCUCAAAAAAAUUCAAUUUUUGCAGCGAAGGAUUCGACAUACACGAGUAG